AUGCCCGCAGGCCUCGGGAAGACGGCGCUCCUGCUAUGGGCGCUCCUUGCUACUGCGCAGGUGGCCAAGAAGCCUGCUCUGACCCAGGAGGAAGUCGAUGCCAUGGUCGGCCUGUGGAAGUGUACCGGAAGCACCGGCAUCAACAUCAACGCUGCCGACGCCGCCUUCAAGGCCGGCGUGGAGGCCGCCGGCGGCAACCCGGCCAAGUACGACUGGCAGGAGGUCAACAGCCAGGUUUUCACCACCGUGCCUCCCCUCACGCUGUCCACAGCGAGGCUCUACGUGGUGGGCGUGGACCCAGCCAGCGGCCUGUUUUGGAGCUACCACACCCGCACCACUGAAGAGGGGGUCAGCAUGGACCGCUCUGUGGGCAGGGCCGAGCGGGGCCCCAACGGCAAGAUCCACAUGACGUUCAUCCGCUCAGACUCCCCCGCCACCUCUUUCCGGGAGCUGGGCAAGGAUGGCAUCUUGAAGAUGCUCUACUAUGGGGAUGUGAUGCCUGAGGAUGAUCGCAAAGAGCACUCGCUGCUCCAGCAAGACGUGCGCUACUCGUCCUGGGAGAAGAUCACUGAUGAGAAGGAGGAGCAGGAGGAGCUGGAGACGAUUGCCAGUCUGCUGCCCUUCAGCACCGAGUGA